AUGAACAAAAAUGGAACAGCUAAAAUGAAUGAUAAUCAAAUAAGAGCCGAAGGUAGAAGGUUAUUUAAACGCUUCUAUAACAUUCCUGAUGGUGUUAAUCCUAAAACUCGUAGAAGCUAUUUAAAUGAAGCCAUAGAUGCAUAUGAAGGAUUUGACAUUUCAUCAGAAAGUGAGAGGUUAGCAAGAAUGUUAAACAUUAAUAUUGAUUUCUAUUAUUGUGAUCCUCAACCAGAAGACGUAGACAUUAACAAGGUAGACUUUCCAUUAGUGGAUUCAAUAAUGAUAGAUCCAGAAUUUGAAACAGUAAAUAUUUUAUUAACACAGAGUCCAUGUGGAAAACUUCACGCUGACAGAAUUACAGACGUUGAAGCACUCACAGGAUAUAAAGUUUGCCCCUUUUGCAAAGAAGAAGUAUAUUCUAUCCGUGAUGAUCCAGAAAGGAAAAACCAAAGAAGAUUUUUAAAACAUUGUGAGAAAUGUAAAGAAAAUAAUGGAAGAUUAAUUCAAGACGUUCAAUUGCAAAACACACAACAACCAUAUGCACCACAUAUUACGAAACAGAAGAUAUAUCAGUGGUUAUUAGCUCAUAAUUUACAGGAAUAUUAUAAACCAACAAGAUAUUAUAUUACUUUUGACUUCGAAACAUUAGAGACUAAAGAAGAAUUACAACUUUCUGAGUGUGCAACUUUAAACGCUUACUUAAAACCAUUCAUGGUAUCAUCAACUGUCAAAAUAAACGAUAAAACAUUUACGAGGAAUUUUUGCUUAACUUCAAGUGAUUCUUUUAUUUCCGACUGGAUUGAGUUUUUAUUUUCAACCUGUUCAUUAGUUGCUAAAUCAAAUAUUGAACAAUAUGAAGAAUUAAUGAAGUCGCAAACGGACCAAACGGCGGGGACUUUGUCUCAUACAUUAAAUGAAAAACAGAAGGAAGCAUUUAAAGAGCUUUUAGAUGAAGAAUUUAAUAAAGUGAAUAUCAUUGGUUUUAAUUCAGGAAAGUUUGAUUUAAAUUUAAUUCUUCGUGAUUUAAAUACUGCAAAAUGGAAGAUAAAAUCAAUGCUGGGUUCUUCUUCUCAAUUUAAGCAAGUCAUAGUAAAGAAAACAAACUGUCCAUAUGAAUUAAGAUUUAUUGACAUCAGAAAUUAUAUAGCGGGUGGAACAUUAGACCAAUUCACUCAAGAUUUCGGAAACAAUAAAUCACGUGUUAAAUCCUUUUUCCCAUAUCAAUUCAUCACAUGGGAGAAUUACGAAGAUGAAUUAUAUAAAAAGGAACCAUUCACGAAAGAUUCAUUUUAUUCAGCAUUAACACAAGAAACAAUAUCCGAUUCAGAUUAUCAAAUAUAUCUCAAUGAUGCUAAAAACUUUAAGAAUAGAUUAGAAUAUUUUAUUCAUUAUUGCAAUAAAGAUGUUGAAAUUAUGAUUGACCCAAUUGAUAAAAUUAUCGAAGAAACAUUUGUUUAUAAAAUUGAUAUGCUUCAUAAUCUUUCUUUAUCAUCGAAUGCAUCAAUGAUUCGUUACGCGUUAGCAUAUAAGAACUUCAAUCCUAACGAAACAUAUCCAGAAGAAGAAAAUGUGGAAUCAAGUUUUGAAUUAACGAAAAAGUAUUGGAAAUAUAAAAUUGAAUCAUAUAAGAAACAAGAUGAAAAAGCAGAAAGGGAUACUAAAAAUAAUGUUUCAAUGGAUGAUUUUCAAUACUAUCACGAUUUAAUCCUUUCAUCUAAAUGCAAAAUGUGUGGUAAAGCGUUUACAUAUGCAAAUAAACCAACAUUGGAUAGAAUCGAUAAUGAAAAACCACAUACCAAAGAAAAUUGUCAGUUAAUGUGUUGUUAUUGCAAUGUCGUAAAAUCAAAUAAAGAUGAAGACAUUCAACGUUUAAGAAUCAAUUUAAGAAAUUACGCAUUAAAAAAUAAUUUACCAAUGACUUUAGAUUCAGUUGAAGCUUAUCACAUUCUCCGUAAUGGAAUUACUGGUGGUCUAUCAAAUGUUCAACAUCGUGUUAAUCUUAAAGGAAUCACGCACAUUAAUAAACUUUCAUAUAAUCCAGAAACCAAAACUGUAUCAAAUGAGGACACCACCAACAUUAUGACUCAUUUCGUUGGAGUUGACUUUAAUUCAUUAUAUCCUUCAUCAUUUUCAUCUAAUCCUCAUGAUUUCAUUCAAUAUACUGACCAUAAAAUGUAUAUGCCGGGAAGAUUGAAUGGUGUUAUUAUUUGUGAUACAGCAACAAAGAAAGCAAAAGCACUGGGAAUUAUUAGAAAGAAAAAUACUUUAUUCGUGGCUGAAGUAAAGGGUCACAUUGAUGAAAAAUACAUUAAUGAUUACAUAAACUUUUUACCGAUAAUAAGAAACUUAGAUAUUAUCACAGAUGAAAAAACAAUUGGCAGUUUUAUGUAUAAUUACAUGAAAUCAAAUAAUCUACCAGUUGACCAGAAACAGAGAAAAUUAACUCAAUUAGCAUCAACACACAACCAAUAUCAACCAUUUUCUUCUUAUUAUCUUUGGUAUCUAAUAGACAGAUUUCAUUUUAUCAUCGAUGAUAUUCAAUCAAUUUUAACAUUUACGAAAAAUACUUGUUUUAAUGAAUUUGCGAACAAAUUUAUGAACGAAAGACAAAAGGCUGAAUUAGAAGGAAAUAAAGGAAAAAGUUUAUU